AUGCCUUUUCUUAUCGUCGAGAAUGCAGAACGGGCUAGCUGGCUCACGCCGGAGGAGAAACGAUUUGUUGACUGCCGCUCGCGACUCGCCGGCGUACGCACCACCACGGAAGAAGGCGACAAGCUCUCCUGGCGUCUACUAUGGUCCACAGUCACAGACCUGAAAGUCAACCUGGCUAUCCUGAUGUCCUGGGCCAACGCAGCGCCUACUUCGGCCUUCAAAUUCACCAUGCCGAAGAUCAUCACCGAGCUGUGGUUCAGCUCCGCGCGAGCUCAAUUAUUGAGUAUCCCUCCGUAUGUUGCAGGAGGUAUCUCAGCCUGGGUGGUCGGUCAGUUCUCAGAUCGGUUUGCAUGGCGAUUUCCGUUUGUUAUAGGACCGAUGAGCGUAUUGCUCACGGGACUGGCAAUUCUGUUCUCGUUCUCGUCAUCCAUCGCCACUCAUGUCCCGGUCAUGUAUUUUGUCAUCGUGCUAGCCCAGAUCGGCAUCUAUCCUCUCCUCCCGGGGAUAUCGGCAUGGACGGGGAAUAACCUCGCUCCGUCAUGGAAGCGAUCUAUCGGGCUGGCGUGGGUACUUGCCGUAGGCAAUUUUGGUAGCUUAAUCGGAACGAACAUCUUCCUAGACAAAGAAGCACUGGUGUAUAAGUCCGGCUAUGCCACCUGUUUGGCAAUCGUGGUUCUUGGCAUGGCUGCAGCAGCCGCGAAUGAAGUUCUUCUCUUACGAUGCAACAAGCAGAGAGCAGGUGUUUCUGAAGACGGUGUGCAAGCGCAGCUUACGCAGGAAGAGCUGGAUCGACAGGGUGAUAAGAGCGACUACGACGCAGUCAUGAACCACCCGCAGGCGAUACGCUACGUCGCCGAUUUCAUGCAACGAACAGGCCUCCUACAGCAGUUCCGAUUCGCCACGUUUAACGACGAGAAGGACGAGGAGGUCCCGGAACCCAGCACCCUCCUAGAGGGACUCGAUCUAAACGAGGAAGACGAUGGUUAUAUUGAACACUAA